AUGAUGCAUAGAUAUUAUUUUGAAGCUCUUGACAAAACUUUAGGAGAUAUUCUUAGAUUUGAAGAUGUGUCUAAUUUAGAUCAGCCAUUUGGAGGUAAAAAAAUUGAUCUUGGCGGUGACUUUAGACAAAUUCUACCGGUCAUUACGAAAGGUAACAGACAAGAUAUUGUAAAUGCUACCCUCUAUUCUUCAUAUUUGUGGGUUGACUGUCAUUUACUAAAGCUAACAAAGAAUAUGAAGUUAGAAGGUAAUCAUGAAUCAGAUUUGAAUGAUCAGACAGAAUUUGCUGAUUGGAUUUUAGCAGUUGGAGAUGGAAUGAUUGGUAAUUUUGUUGAUGGAAUUGGAAAAGUUCCUAUACAUAAUGAUGUUCUUAUUAGUGAUUGUGGAGAUCCUAUUUCUGCCAUUGUCAACAGUACAUAA